CGCGAGAAGAAAUCGCCGUGGGAACCCCGCGCGCGCACACACACCUCCUUCCUCUCUCCAGGUUGUGCUCGGAGCCCGGCAGCCACCGGAUUGCCGUCUGGUCGCUAGAAGGACGACAUCAUGGCGGGGGGAUUGAAGAGCACCGAGCCCGAGGAGGAGUUUGUGCGCUCGCCCUUCAUCCGCAAGCAAGGCAACAUUUACAAGCCCAACAACAAGAAGCCAACGCAGCAGGACGCGGGCGACAUGGACAGCGACAGCCUCAACGAGAAGUCCAUGAUGGACGACGUGCACACCAAGGAGAUCGACCUGGUCAACCGAGACCCUAAGCGCAUCAACGACGACGUGGUCAAGGUGGACUUCGUGGACGUGAUCGCGGAGCCGGCGGGCACGUACAGCUUCGACGGCGUGUGGAAGGCCAGCUUCACCACCUUCACCGUCACCAAGUACUGGUGCUACCGCCUGCUGACGGCGCUGGUGGGCAUCCCGCUGGCGCUGGUGUGGGGCAUCUUCUUCGCCAUCCUGUCCUUCGUGCACAUCUGGGCGGUGGUGCCCUGCAUCAAGAGCUACCUGAUCGAGAUCCACUGCGUCAGCCGCGUCUACUCCAUCUGCGUGCACACCUUCUGCGACCCGCUCUUCGAGGCCAUGGGAAAGUGUUUCAGCAACGUGCGGAUCAGCACCACCAAGGGGGUGUAGGCGCCGCACGGAAGAGGAUUCAGAGGAAUUCAUGUGGGGGGGUGGGGGUCGGUGGGACAGAGUCUGAUGGGACAUUUUCACAGGUUGGACAUUCCAAGCUGAGGGACUGGGAGGGAGGUGGGAUUUCUUUGUGUUCUCGAACUUUCCCUUGCGUUUUAAUCUGUUAAAAGCCAAGAAAACACACAAAAGCUCCCCCCAACCCCCCACCUCGGUCAUGGAAACCGGCUUUUUCCCACCUCGUUGUCCUGCGUGUAGAUUAACGGAUACAAGAAGGGUGUUGGUGGGGCGAGGGUUGAAGUUGACCUGCAAAUUGGUCGUUUUUGGGUAUGGGUAGUAUCAGAGGAAGAUGCCGUCAACAUUAGCAAUCCAGGCUUACUGGCCACGCCCCUUUGUGUCGAAGCCAAUGUGGUUCUUCUCCUCCGAUCCGAACGCCCCUCAAUGUUCCACCUUGGGCGGGUUUUGCCUUCAAGGCACACGCAAAGAAACGACGCAUCUGACGCGGCAAUUUUCCAUGGAAGCGGGGUAAGAGCAUUUGGAUGGUUUUUAGUCCAAUUCCGGCCCUUUACGAACAAAUAACAGCAGACAUUGUAUUAGAAGCGGGUCGCCGGAGAAGUGUUAAGAUUUUAAUGUUGCUAUUUACGAUUUAAAAAAUGAAAUAAUAAUCCUGCCGCAGACAACAGCUAAUCAGGAAACGAGCCAAAGCCGGUUUCAGCCGCAAUUGAGGUUAAGGAGUUAGCUUUGAACCACCCCAACAUCUUCACCUUCUUCUUGAUUGUGGUUCAUUGUUUUUUGUUUUUUUUUAAUUUGGGGGGGUCUUUUUCCGUGCGUAGCGGGUUUAGACAAUCCGACAACCACCUUGUUCACGUCCGCUCAGGGAAGGACGGCGGUCGCAGCGCUCGCUCGCCGGUGGCCCGAAUCCCGCUGACACCAAACAAAACCAAACAAGCAUUGAUCCCUUUGCCCCCGCCGCGACCUCAGAAACCCCCCCCCCCCCCUCCGCCUCCCCCGCCUCCCGACCUGGCUUCGCUGCAGUCAGACACACUGAACCCGCCGCCACCCUUUUUUUUUUUUUUUUUCGCCGUCCGCCACCCUGGAGACCAACACGCCACCUGCACUCAUUCACCUGCUUCACAUUAUGAAAAACUUUUUUUUUUUUUUUUUUUUGCAAUUCACUUUUAGGCUUCCCCUUUUUAGCCUCCUCCUCGGGGCGGCUAACCUUAGCGGCUAACUAACAUGCUGCACCUGCAUAGACUCGCAGACUUUGGACUCGGACUCUCCAUUAUUGCGUAUCAACGUGAAAAAUACGCGAUAACACUGAAUGUCGCUGCCUGCCGACAGUUUGUUUUAGCCUAGCAUAGUCUGCUAGCUCGCUAGCUAGCUCGGUGACGACUGAUUUCUUGCCAAGACUCGACUUCGACUCGCUUUGCUUUUGAGUUUUGUUUUUUUUUCACAUGAGAGGAAAACAACGUUUGUGAUGCCAUUUAAAAACUCAACGUGAUAUUUCUCACGAGGCAAUGGGAGGUCUCGGCUUUUUCACGUUUGUGCGCUUCGUCUCGCGUUCUCUCUACCUGCUGUGUCUUUUUUCCCCCCUCGCAGGAGGUGUAAAAGGUGAUAUUUUUAUAUAUAAACUUUUUCCCCCCUUCCUUGCUUUAAUUGUCCGAUAUCAUGCUGUGCACAUUAAAGUUGAAUAUGAUCACGUA